AUGUUAUCAUCCCUGGCAUUUUCAGUGCCAUUGCUACUUGUUGGCCUACAGGCUACGGCAGUGGCAAUCUCACCGAUUUCGGCUGUCGGCUCCAAGUUCUUCUACGAGAACGGAACCCAGUUCUACAUCAAAGGCAUUGCUUAUCAGCUUACUCCCAGUGACCCGCUCGUCGACACUGCCCAAUGCAAGCGUGACAUCGCCCGAAUGUCCGAACUGGGCACCAAUGCGAUCCGCGUGUACCACACCGAGCCUCACUGGAAUCAGACCCAGUUUGAUCACUUCAAGGAGGUGCUCGAUGAGUUCCAAAAGUUCGACAACACUGCCGGCGUCUUGGUCGGAAAUGAGGUACUCACCACGGCCGAUGGUUCGGCUGCUGCUCCCUACGUUUUGGCGGCUGCUCGCGACAUCAAGGCCUAUCGUGAUAAGAAGGGCUACCGUGAGAUCCCCGUUGGGUACUCUGCAGCCGAUAUUGCCGAUCUGAGACCCAUGCUGCAAAACUAUAUGGCCUGUGCCCAGAACGCAUCCGAACGCUUGGACUUUUAUUCACUGAACGCCUACGAAUGGUGCGGUGCAUCCAGCUAUGAGCAGUCUGGAUACAACAUGCUGCAGAAGAACGCGACGGAUUACCCCAUCCCCAUCUUCUUCUCCGAGACCGGGUGCAAUACCCCUUCACCCCGCACCUUUGAGGAUCAGGCUGCCAUCUUUGGUGACCAAAUGUCUGAUACUUGGUCUGGAUCGAUCAUCUAUGAGUGGAUUGAGGAAACCAAUGACUAUGGGUUGAUCAAUUAUGGACCGUCCGUUGACGCUGCGACCGCGACCGCCAGCAGCAUCGAGGACGGCUUUACCCGUAAGGGCACCCCGACGCCCGUGUCGCCUGAUUUCAACAACCUCAAGUCCCAGUGGGCUACUCUGCACCCGACCGGAGUCGCCCUUUCCGCCUAUCGCAAGAGCGCAUCCAGCCUCACCGCCAUCGAGUGCCCUGCCUCGACCUCUGGUGGAUGGGCAGUUGACCCAAGCUCGCCGCUUCCUACCUUGGGACAGACCUUUAAGAAGGGCUCUGCUUCCACAGCGACCGCUAAGAACAGCAAGGUUACUAAUGUCAGUUCAAGCGUAUCCCCCUCUGCAUCGGCAACAAAGGAAGGCGGUGCUCACGCUGUGACCGUUGGCUCACCAGCGACUGAGCGCCUACUCGUUGGAUCCUUGGUGCUGUCUGGCCUGCUGGGUAUCGUCGCUAUUUGGCUUUGA